AUGAGACGUAAACGUUGUCAGAUCUUCCUUGUUAUUGCUAUUGUCAUCAAUUUACUUGCCUUGUUCUAUGCCGUACGACAGCAACAAAGUUUGAAUGGGUUACCGAAUGGACGUUCUCUCGAUGGUGAUGCGGGUAAAGGAAAGCCAAAUUACGAACGGCGUCACAUAGACAAGAAGGCCCGACGACUGUCAUUGAGUCAGCGGGUCACUGUGGUGUUCAGAGAAUAUGAAGAUUUCGAUAACCUCAUACCAAAAUCGGUAGAAUCAAUUCUACGGACAUUUUCAAGACUGAACAUUUUAAUUGUUGCUGAUAGUCAACCAUAUCCGCCAUUAAAACUACCCACAGAAUCUAGAGAGACUGUUCAACUCGUAACACUCGCCGCAGAACCAGACCAGCCUCCAAGUCAUUCUAACCCUGAACGUUUUAUCAACACAGAAUAUGUAUUAUUUUUACCGGAUGGUGUAAUAUUAACUCCAUAUGUAUUGGAGAAAAUGAUUGAUAAGUUUGAAUCUAUUAAUUUCAUCGACAAUAAAAUACGACUUAUUGCAGUGAAAAUUGUUAAUCGAAAUUCAGAUGAACUUCAACAUUCUUGCUUCUCGUUGAAAGUAAAUUUACAAAAAUGGAUGACGCAGUCUGAUUACAUUAUGACCAGUAAUAUAUGUGAUAGUGUGAGUGGGUCCCAUGCAGUUCUUAUCCGAUCCAGUGAUCUACAUAAUCUAAGCUAUCCGUAUACCAGGCCUAUCUCACAGAGUUUAUAUCUACAGACCUCUCUCCGCAAAUGGAAAAUAUUUCUGAUGUCUGAUUGCAAUCUUGAUUCAUUGGGAAAUUUGUACAAUGACGCACAUGUGCAGUGGAAGCACCAAAACCGAGAGGAAGAGAGGAAAGUUUCUCUUUAUUCUGCCUUUGGGAUUAAAAAAGUAAUAAAUCCUGAUGGACAUAUUGGUUGGUAUGGAUGUAGUAAAGAAACAGUGCGAUGCUUUGGAACAGUUAUAAACAGCAUGCCUGAAUAUUUAUAUCGUAACCGAUGGACUCCCCCUUGCUGCAUACGAAAUUUGAGAGAAACUGUGAAGCACGUGUUUGAAAUACUCGACAACGCAGGUGUGCGAUAUUGGUUGGAAGGUGGCAGUCUACUCGGUGCUGCCCGCAACGGGGACAUUAUCCCGUGGGAUUAUGACGUAGACAUUGGGAUUUAUCGGGACGACUUUAGGAAAUGUCAUCAACUGAAAAAUGUUAGAAACGGUGUUCCAUUCACUGAUGCUGAAGGUUUUGUGUGGGAAAAAGCCACUGAGGGAGAUUUUUAUAGAGUCCAGUACAGCAAUAUAAAUCAUGUACAUGUAGAUGUAUACCCGUUUUAUUCAAAAAAUGGAAUAAUGACUAAAGACACCUGGAUGAAGUCUCAUAGACAGGACACUGAAUUUCCAGAACAUUUUCUGCAACCACUGACAAGGAUAGAGUUUGCCGGGCUGCAAGCAUCAGCACCAAAUCAUGUCAAGGAGUUCUUGGAAUUCAAAUUUGGUUCUGGUGUAAUUGAAAAUCCACAAUAUCCGGAUCCUAAGAUAUUAGUACCCAGGAAUUAGUAAUGAAUGGAAAUACAUGCACAAUGGACUGCCAGACAUGAUUUAUAAGUCAAUGACUGAAUAUUAAAAUAUCACAGACAUCAUGCAAUCAAUUGAAAUUCUUUCUGACCAAUUACUUUACAGGAUACAAAUCAUCAACCAAUCAGAAUUUGUGUUAUUUACUGCUCUGAUGAGGCACUUGUAAUUGGUUGAAAAAUCCUGUCAGA